GAGCGGAGCCAGAACAAAAUGUGUCCCCGACUACAACAGGCUUAUUUGCGCCCUGACGCCUGUCCUGAUCGUCCAGCAGCAGCAGCAGCGUGUAGAUGGACUUAAAGCGCUUUCCUCUGCUGUCUGCGCUGCGUCACUGGCUGCACUCGGUCUGACGGGAUGGAUGGAAUCUUCUCCCGGGCUGCUGUCCUGUCACUUCUCUUAUUAUCCUCGCAGGUCGCCGCUUCUCUGCAGCCUGUCGACCUUUUGUACGACAGCGCGGUGCAGGCGUUUUACAACGGCGACUAUGAAAGCGUAGUGCGCCACAUGGAGGGCGCGCUCUCCAGUUACGCGCAGGUCCGGCGCGCCAAAGUGCGCUGCCGGCUGAUGUGCAGCGAUCAGCAUGUGUUUGAGGAAACCUUCUCAGAUCUCGGCUUCUUCGACGUGGUUCUCCGCAGGGCCGCGUGCACGAACAAAUGCAUCGAGGAGAAAGUGGGCACACAGUCCUUGCACAAGGUGAGCGAGGACGUCGUGCAGGACUUCAACAGGCGGAUCCCCUACAACUAUCUGCAGAUGGCCUAUCACAAGUUGAAGCAGCCUGACAAGGCGGCAGCAGCUGCUCACACCUAUUUUCAGGCCAAUCCGGAGCACGUAGAGAUGGGCCAGAAUCUGGAGCAAUACAAAAACAUGCAGGGAGUCCAGGAGGAACAUUUUGUGGACCGUGAAGCCCGGCCUCACCAGCAGUCAUUUACAGCAGCGGUGAAAUUGUAUGACAGAGGUGACUAUGAGGGCGCCAUUGCUUUGUUCGAGGAUGCUCUGGUGGAUUACUAUAAGGCAGAUGUAGAGUGCCGUGCCAUGUGCCAAGGGCCACAAAGGUUUGAGGGCCAUGACCAUAUCCGCUACCGUUACAGCCUCUACGAGCUUGUAUCAGAUCACGUCACUCAAGUGCUGCACUGUGAACACGAGUGUGUUCGAGACCUGGCCACCCGGCCGGGUCGCCUCUCGCCCAUGGAAAACUACCUGCCCCUGCACUAUGACUACCUUCAGUUCGCCUACUUCCAGGUGAACAGGCUGGGUGAGGCGUUGCAGUGUGCUUUGACUUACCUUUUAUUCCACGAGGGAGAAGAGUUCAUGAUGGACAACGUGGAUUACUACAGGGAGGAGCUUGGACACGACAGCGAGCCACGAGAGGAGACUGAACGGUACCUGCAGAGGCACAAACAGGAACUGGAGCUGCUCCUGAUUGGAAGUCAAACCAUGGGUGUAGAAUUUACUGAAGGCAAUUACUGGAGUAGCACGGGUGGACGAGAAGACUCAAACAGGAUUCCCUCUGGUACAAACGGCUGGAUGGAGUAUGUUCCCAUCUCGGAUAAGAAGAAUGUGAUUGCAUCUGCUCCACUGCUUCACAAAGAAGGUGGGCCGUUGUUGUUUGAGCGUGUGCAGCUGGUGCAGAACUCCGUGGCCUUGAAUGGAACCCAGAGGGUGCUGCUGGAUGAUGUCAUAAGCGAGGAGGAGUGUUCGAAGCUCAGACACCUGGCCCGCACUGUCACUAUGGCAGGAGACGGCUACAAAGGGAGAACGUCUCCGCACACGCCCAAUGAGAAGUUUGAAGGAGCCACAGUGUUGAAAACCCUGCAGUAUGGCUACGAAGGCAGAGUGCCAAUGAGCAGCGCCAGACUCUUUUAUGAUGUCAGUGAGAGAGCAAGACAGAUUAUUGAGUCCUACUUCCUGCUCAACUCCACCCUGCACUUCUCCUUCACACACCUCGUGUGCCGAUCGGCCGUCACAGGCCAACAAGACCACAGAAAUGACCUGAGCCAUCCCAUCCAUGCUGAUAACUGUCUGCUGGAUCCUGAGGCGAAUGAGUGCUGGAAAGAACCGCCAGCGUACACAUAUAGAGACUACAGUGCACUGCUAUACCUAAAUGGAGAUUUUGAGGGUGGGGAGUUCAUAUUCACAGAAAUGGAUGCAAAAACAAUUACGGCAUCAGUGAAGCCAAAGUGUGGCAGGAUGGUGGGUUUCUCAUCAGGAGGGGAGAAUCCACACGGUGUGAAGGCCGUCACCACGGGGCAGCGGUGUGCUGUGGCUUUGUGGUUUACCCUGGACCCCCUCUACAGAGAACUGGAGAGACUGCAGGCAGAUGAGGUAAUCCAGGCGUUGGACACACAGUCUGUGUGGAAUCAAGGCCUCGACAUCAACCCUAAAGAUGAACUUUAAGAGGACAAUAACGCUUCACCACCUCGUCCCCUCCAGUCAAAUUUAUUUUCGCUAUUUAUUAAAUGACGUUUGGAACAGAACAGUUAUAUUUUUGUACUGUUGAAGUGCAGAAUUAAUG